CCAAAAGAGGUUUAUGUCACUUUAAUAUACAUGUUUUGGUUGAUUAGAUGGCAAAGUUUAUUUGUUGUUCGCGCUCUUCUACAAGAAACUAUAAUUCUGUAAUGAGUGGUGAGGGCCGCUUCGAGAUGAAUUGGUCAAAAAGCCCCAGCAAUAGGACAAAGUGGCAGAAAUGGGGACAUUGUGGCGUUGUUGUGCCAUUUCGCAGCAGUUGCUCCAAGAGCCUGUUGUUACGUGCCAUUUGGUUAAAUUGUACAAUAAACGUGCCCUGAUUGAGUUGUUCCUGGAUCGCAGAUUGCUACCUGCUGAGUUUAAGCACAUUAAAUCAUUGCAAGAUGUUAAGGACCGAAGACAAGACAGAGGGCCCAUUAGACCAUCGAGGAUCUCCCUACAUUUGUCCUGUGUUAAAAUUGGAAAUGAAUGGACAAUUCCGGUUUGUGGCUACGUAUUCUCCGAAAGAUCCUACAGAGAACUUGCUACCAAAUUGUGCCCCAAAUGCAAUAAACCCUUUAAUGCUAAUGAAAUUGUUAUCCUAAAUCCCUCGUCUGAGGAGGAUAUAGUUUUGAUGCGGACGCGAAUUGUAGUGAGACAAGCAUCGAACAAGAAAUUGGAGAUCAGAAUGGAAAAGUCGAGUUACACAGCAACUGAAACGGCUGGUAAAUGUACCCCAAACGCACUAAACCAGCAGUCCCGGAAGCUCUCCCAUUAAAAAAUCGGAAAAUUGAAACGAUAUCGAAUAUUGAGAACGCAAUUUCUUCGGGAAAAGUUACCAAAGCAGAGGAAAUUGCCAGAAUCACUUCAGACUGCAGCAUAGCAAAGGACGGAAGUGUUUCAGAGGCGUACAAGUCAUUAUUUACGAGUCACAAAUCUGAACAGGAGCAGACGCUUAUUGGACCAAAGUGUUGUAUGUAUAACAGAAUUGUGUCCACAUAACGUUAACUAAAAGUAGACCAUAAGUAAUUGUAUUCCAUUUCGUCUGUUUUAUUCCUAAUAGACCAUCUAUUUCCUA